GUGCAGGGUGUGCAGCUGCACACCCUGCAAUAAUGUGUGCAUACUUUAAUUUGUUAUGAAACAUUGUUUUUAAUUAUUUAAAACUGAUUAUUGAGAGUCGGUAUAAUUUAUUCUGUAUCAUAUUAUAUAAUAUAUACAUAGGUAUAUAAAUAUAUAACAUUAUUAUGUAAUUACACGAAUAAUAAUUAUAGAUACUCCGUUCAUCGAGAUAACGCAAUACCUAAUAAUAAUAUUAUAUCUAAUAUCUAUUGUGGUAUUAUUUGGUAUUAUGUUCAUGUUCAUGACCGUGUUCAAAGAUUUAACUACGAAUUCGGGUAGAAGAAUUUUUGAUUGAUAGUGUUUCCCUCCAAUUUUUUGUGUUUAUCACAUCAGUUAUCUGGUUUUCAAUUAAUAAAAUAAUGUUAAUAACAAAACGUCAAUAAUAUAUUAUAUAAUAUCAUAGACAUGUCUAUGAUUAUUGAUUAAUAUUCGAAUUACUGAAUCUUAAUUCUUAAAUCGUAAGUCGUAAUAUUUGAUAUUAUAUUAUAAUUGGUAUGGCUUCAAAAAAACAAAAUACAUUGUUGAAUUUUUUCAAACAUAAAGAAAAACAAGAUGAUCCAAUGUCUAUUGAUAAAAAUACAGACAACCCGUUGUUGAUGUGUGAACAAUCACCGAAAGUCAAUUAUUUAUAUAAUACAUUUUCUUAUAUUAAUGCGCCUACAAAUGAUCCAGAUGAUCCAAUGUCUAUUGAUAAAAUUACAGACUACCCGGAUGCCUCGUUGUUGAUGUCUGAUCAAUCACCAAAAGUCAAUGAUUUAAAUAAUACAUUAGAUAAUACUAUAGAGAAAGAAUCAGACUUAAACAAUUCAAAUAUAGGUCCCUGGUUCAUGUUCUAAUGUGUGUAACUAAUAAGUAAUCAGUAAUCACUAAUCACCACCGCUGUAUAUCCUAAAUAUUGUGUUAUGUAGCCAGUUAUUAUUUUUUGUUGUACCAAUAUUCAAUGUUUUAGUUACAUUAUAAUUUAAAACAUUAUAAUUAUAAGCAAAUUUAUAAUAAUAAUUUAUAAUUUAUUCUGUAAAAUGUAUUUUUUAAUGUACAUUGCUAUUAACCACUGCUGUAUUACUAAUAUUGUGCCAUGUAGAUGUAGUUAAAGUUUUAGCUUGUAUCAAUGUUUUAAUUGUGUUAUAAUUUACAAAUAUAUAUAUAUACUAUUACUUUCA